AUGGUCAGGCAGUUCGUCGUGUACUUCUACCGCCACAUCCGCGAGAAGAACGUGUACGAGAUUCUUUCCAUGUACGAGAAGUCCUUCUCCGCCAUCUCCGAGCGCUACUUCAAGGCCUCCUCCUGGCCCAGCGCCGAGGCGAUCGCGAGGUACGCCGACAACGAUCACGUCUUUGGCCUGCUGUACAAGGAGAUGUACUUCCGCCACGUGUACGGCAAGACCACGCCCACGCUCGAUCAGCGCAAGGAGAGCUGGGAGAACUACUGCAACCUGUUCGGCGUGAUCCUUCACGGUAACGUCAACAUGCAGCUCCCCAACCUGUGGCUCUGGGAGAUGAUCGACGAGUUCAUCUACCAGUUCCAGUCCAUGUGCCAGUACCGCGGCAAGCUCUCCGUCAAGACCAAGGAGGAGCUCGCGGCGCUCAAGGGCUGCGACGACGUAUGGUCCGCGCUGGGCGUGCUCAACUUCCUCCAGGCGCUCGUGGACAAGUCCGGUAUCAUCGCCCACCUGGACAAGGAGCGCAGGGGCGAGGAGAAGUUCUCCGACACCGAGGGUUACGACUACAACCAGUCCAACGUGCUCCGAACGCUCGGGUACUUUGCGCUCAUCGGCCUCCACCGCGUGCACAUCCUCCUAGGGGACUACACCACCGCGCUCAAGGUUCUCGACCCGAUCGACCUCGACAAGCCCGGCAUCUUCACCAAGGUUCCCGGCGCGUCCGUUUCCACCGCCUACCACGUCGGCUUUGCGUACUUCAUGCUGGGCCGUUACACCGACGCCAUCCGCCACUUCAACGCGUCGCUCGUGUUCAUCAACAGGCACAAGGUGGCGGCGACCAGGCCUUACGCGCUGGACAUUCUGCUCAAGAAGCAGGAGCAGAUGUACGCGCUGGUCGCCAUGGCGGUGUCCCUGGGCGGCGCCGCGUCUGGCGGCGGCGCCAACGCCAGGAGCGGCGUCGUCCGGCUGCUCGAGGAGGGCGUGGUGAGCGCCCUGCGCGAGAAGCACGGCGACGACAUGGCGCGGAUGGGCCAGGGCGUCGUGUCCGCGUUCGACGAGCUCUUCUCCCUCUCAUGCCCCAAGUUUGUCACCCCCGCGCCUCCCGCCGGGUCCGCCGCGGAUGCCGAGGGCGCCGCCGCAAACUACAACGAGGAGGCGUACCGCUCGCAGCUCAAGCAGUUCCUCCAGCAGGUGUCGUCCUACGAGAAGCUCCCGGCGCUCCGUUCCUACCUCAAGCUGUACACCACGAUCUCCGUGGGUAAGCUCGCGGGUUUGAUGGAGGUGGAGGCGGGCGCGCUCAAGGCGCAGCUCGAGAACAUGAAGGCCAAGAGCCGACUGGUGGAAUGGAAGGGUGGGUCCUCGGCGCUGGACGGCGAGGAAGUUAGCGUCUCGGACGUGGAGUUCACCGUCGACGGGGAGAACAUCGCCGUGCACGACGUCAAGCCCGUGAAGAAGAACGGCGAUUUCUUUCUUAGGCACAUCGCGAAGCAGAACGAGCUCAUGGAGGAUCUCGGACCGGCCAAGCCCCUCGUGUACAAGGGCAAGCCCGUCGCCUCCGCUUGAUGACUGGAUGAGGAGAACACGUUCCAAGCGAGAGGGUCAAGAGGGUGGGGGUAAAACACGAUAGCUUUACGGCUUUACACGUCAUCGAAACGUUCUAUCGUUCAA